UCAGUUUGCUCCCGACGAUUACACGCUGUUGUUCGUUGAAAAAACUUCCUUCGUUUAUCUCCAAUCAUAGUUGGAUUGUGCCAUUUUUAAGCCCCCCAAUCGGGUUAACGCGAGUGAAACACGCAGUGCGAAUAAUUACAAGGAAUUUCAAAGAGGAAAGGAUUAUUACCUCACAAAUUACAAAGUAAACAAGGAAUUAAAGCAAAAAAAAAAGAAGCAAAAAUGAGUUGGCAAGAUUAUGUAGAUAACCAAUUAUUAGCAUCACAGUGCGUUUCCAAAGCGUGCAUUGCUGGACAUGAUGGUGGUGUUUGGGCCAAGUCGGAUGGCUUUGAGGUUUCAAAAGAAGAACUUGCCAAAUUAGUACAAGGAUUCGAGAAACAAGAGAUUCUUACAUCAGGCGGUGUGACCCUCGCUGGCCAACGGUACAUUUACCUCUCUGGAACAGAUCGCGUUGUUCGUGCGAAGUUAGGCAAAGUUGGUGUUCAUUGUAUGAAGACGCAACAGGCUGUCAUUGUCGCAAUCUACGAAGAACCCGUUCAACCUCAACAAGCUGCUUCCAUAGUUGAGAAACUUGGAGACUAUUUGAUUACAUGUGGUUAUUAGAGGUAAGGCGUAAGCGCGCGCACUCCCCCCCCAUCCCGUUUCCAAAUCAGAAGAAUUGCAAGAAAACAAACAUAAAAAAGAAAUUUUUACAAGAUUUAAAAGAAAAGCAAAAAAUUAUUCAUCCGCCCACGCAUCUUUAGAAGUUUCUCUCUUUUGUUUGAUAAGAGUUUUACUUAUCGCCAUCAUGUGAUGCAGAGAAACAUUGGAUAUCUUUCGACUCAACACUCAUCCACUGCGCUUCGAACAUCUUUACACACACACAAAAAACCAACAAGCACACAUCUACAUCUAAAUUUAAUCAUGAUUUUUUAGCAUCAAAAUUUGAAUUAAUUUCAUUUUUUUUAUUUGUACAUUUUUGGAAAUUAUAUAAAAAGGAAAAACAAAUGUUUCUCUCUAAUCUUGCUGCGGGGUUGGGACAAAGAUAAAAGUGACUUGAAUAAGAAUAAAAAAGAAAUUAAAAAUCCCGCGAUUUCAUUAUAAUUUUUCUUAUUAUAAUUUUAUAAUUUCUUUUUGGUGUAAGUUUUAUUCAGCGGGAACUUUAAAGUGACCGUCAAUGAAAAUUAAUUUUGUUCUCAACUUGUUGUGACGAACAUCAAUCGUUAGAUGUGCUUAUUUUUUGAUUAAUUAUCAUAAUUGUCAGCACUCAACUGAUGAAUUGAUAUUUAUCAUUCAAUAAAGAAAAGAACUUUGUAAAAGUUACAGAAGGAAGAUAGGAAAAUUUCAUUUCCACCCUCAAUUUCUUGCUUUCAUAAUAAGUAAUUGAAGAAAGAAAUUAUUAUAGUAUUUAAAUUCUUCAUUUUUCUUUAGAUUCUUUAUACAUAUAAAUGAUUUAAAAAAAUUAAUUACAAUAAAAGUGAAAGGAAAGAAUUGAAAAGUUUAAACACAAAACACACCCACGCACUUUUUUCUUUUAUUAAUUUAUUUCUACAACACUUUUUGGAGCUUUGAACAUAUUUUUGAAUAUCUGGUGAAAUAUUUCAUAAAUUUUUUAAAUAAAAUUCAUCCCUUGCGCGCAUUUUAAUUACAAUUAAGUUGAAUAGAAAACGAGACUCGUUUAAUUUGUUUUUCCCCCUUUUUGUCAAACUUUUGUUUAUUUUUUGGAUCCAUUUCGCUGAUGGAUCUUUUUUCUUUUAAAUAUUCAUGAAAAAUCGAUUAGCAAUUGAAAGAAAACAUUUGAUUUUGCAUAAGAAAAAUAAAAUGUGAGAAAUAAAAGGUUUUUCUAAGUAAAUAUAAACAAGAAAACUUAAAAAUUUGCGAUGGUCUCAUCGUGUGUCAAAA